AUGCCAAAGUACGAGCUCCGAGGUGAGCUCGAGGAGCCCGACCUCAAGGCAUCGUGCGGCUUCCAGCAGCGUCCCAUGUCCGUCACCCUCGACGGCACCUCCAUCUUCACCCUCGCCCUCUCCCUCGUCCUCCUCAUCCACUUCCUCGGCUCGCACGUCGUCCAGGUCCUCGUCAGCGUCGUGCCUCUCCUCCUCGCCAUCCACAACGACUACCAAAACUUUAUCAACCUCGGCCCCGGCGGCACACCCUCCACGUUUCAGGGCUACAUCCGUAUCACCUGGUUACGCCUGUGGGCCCUCCGGGAUCCCUUCUCGGCGCCCACUCCGGACCCUUCCGUCGUCCCGGGGCAGGGCAUCCUCAGCCGGCAGCGGCUCCCCUACCGUGCCGGUCCGCGACCGCUCGUGGCGGGCAUCGCCCCCCAACGACAAGUGGACCAGCACGGGUCGCAGUCUUGCUACCUGUCUUUGCGGCGAGCCAUGGGCCGGCUUAGUGCUCACAGCCCGCUCAAGUUCGGCACGGAGCGCUCAUGUCUCGAGAAGCACGGGUUGGCCCUUUUCGCGAGGCACCCGCUGCAGACGAACUGCCAGGGCGAGAUCUGUCACGUUCACGACUCGGACCACUCAAUGCACAUGUGCCUGCACCCAGACGACAUCAGGGAACUGCUGAGCAAAGGCUGGGGCCAGAGACAUCCGCUGGCGCGCAAGGGCUGGUUGCUGCAAAUGCCCGUGUCUCCAGAUUUCGUUAUGGUGUACGCUCCUCGCAAUGAGCACGAACUGCAUAUCACAUACAAGAUUGUCGAGGCUGCCAUCUGGUACACCCUCGCCGAGCGCGUCGAGCUCGGCUCCUUGUCUAAAUGA